AUGUCGCAGCCCCCCACUUCCACCAAGGUGAUCACCGUGCGCAAGUCGCCCGCGGGCCGCGAGCCUCGUUACCACGAUGCCGCUCUCGAGCAAAGGGCGAUCCCACCCCUGCAGAAGGGUGAAGUCCUCGUGAAGCUCGGUGCAGCGGGCUUCAACCACCGAGAUGUCUGGAUACGCAAGGGCCUGUAUCCUGGGAUUGCUUUUGGAGCCGCGUUUGGCUCAGACGGUGCAGGAACCGUCGUUGCCGCGGCGGACGCGAACGACGCGCUCUUGAACAAGCGAGUCUUCCUAGUCCCUAUGCGCGGUUGGGAAAGUCACCCAGACGCGCCCGAGUCGCCCAAAUUUACGAUUCUGGGGGGCGGGAAGAUUGUUCCUCUGGGCACCUUCGCUGAAUACGUUGCGGUCGAACGCGAUCAGGUCAUCCUUACGCCUGACCAUCUGGAUGAUGAGCAUGCCGCUGCAUGGCCUCUUGGCGGCUUAACAGCAUGGAGGGCCUCAGUAGUCAAUGCACGUGUGGACAAGGGUGACAACGUCCUCAUCACUGGCAUAGGGGGCGGAGUUGCUCUGCUUGCUAUGCAGAUUUGUCUCGCCCACGGUGCGAACGUGUACGUGUCAAGCAGCUCCGAAGACAAGAUUCGCCAGGCCGUUUCCCUUGGUGCGAAGGCUGGUGUCAAUUACAAAGCAGACGAGUGGCCUGCGCAGCUCGAGAAACUGCUCAAAGAAAACAGUCCGCGAACGCCCUUCCUGAGCGCUGUUAUCGACUCCGGCGGAGGUGACAUCAUGUCCAAUGUCAGCAGGAUCCUGAAGCCUGGUGGCCGACUGGUCAUCUACGGAAUGACUGCUGCGCCCAUGGUGACUUUCACCAUGCGAGAGGUGCUCAAGAAUCAGCAAGUCAUCGGGUCGACCAUGGGCUCGCACAAGGAUUUGAUCGACGCGACGAAGUUCAUGGCUGAACACCGCUUCGUGCCCAUCGUUUCACAUGUCAUUGAUGGCCUGGAAAACGCCGAACAGGGCUUCGAGCUGAUCAGCAAGGGGCAACAGUUUGGCAAGGUCGUGAUACGGAUUAGGCAUGGGGAUGUUGGGGUGGUACGUGCGUCAUUGUGA